GGAUGCUGAAGUGUUCCCUCAUCAACACCUUCACUGCUGGUCAGUUUACUGAGGAGGCAGUGCUGUUGCGUGCCUUGGGUGUGUCAGCGGACGUAACGGAAGCCGGCCAUCCGGUGGCUGCACUGUGGGAACGGUAUAAAUCAGCGGCGCUAUCCAAAACGAUGGGAAAAAGUUGCUCCGGAGUUCAAGCCUGGUGUCCUGUUGCGUGAUCUCCCGCAGCUAACCUCAGGAAACCAGCCGACUCCAUUCACUGACCAUCAGUCCUGAGCGCACCAUCAGUCCGCUGCGCCGCGCUGCGUCUGAGUCUACACUGGAGGGGGGAAAGAAACAACUACAGCAGGAAUAAAACUAAUUUCAUGUUUUAUAUUUGAGAGCCGCUUGCUGCACCGGAGUCAACAGACAUGAUGAAUUUUAUUCUCAUCUGCCUGCUGUGUGGAUUGUAUGGCGUUCUUGGUAAAGAUAAAGAUCACAAGGGGAGGUUCCCUCGCCUGGAUGUCCAAUCUCAGCAGCUGGUGGUAGAUGCCAACCAGACACUACUGCUUAACUGCAGGGGUCGCUUGGAGCUGACCUGGGUGUUCCCAGCAGGCCUGGACAGGGAGCAGGUGGAGGUGGACGAUUCUCGCUGCGGGAAGGCGAAGCAGCAGUACUGCAGCCGCGUGAGAGUCGGCCGCAGCCAGGCCCAGCACACCGGCCUGUUCCGCUGCCGCUACAAGCACAAACCCCAGAAACAGACGUCCAUCUACGUGUAUGUCACAGACAGCCAGCAGCCAUUUGUGGAAGGUCCGGGGACGAGCACCGAUGUGUUGUUCAUGAAGGAAAAGCAGCCGCUGGUCAUCCCCUGCCGGGUCACCCACCCCAAUCUCACCGCCACGCUGGUCAAGCAGUUCUCCCACCCGAGCGUCCUGAGUCCUGACCAGAGGAACAUCAUUUGGAACAGCAAGCGGGGCUUCACCAUCCGAACGCCCACCUACUUUUACAUCGGCCUCUUCUACUGCCAGACCAUCGUUGACGGGGUCAAACACAAGUCACGUAUGCACUUUGUACACAGACCAGUGAGUAACAUCACGGCGGUGUAUCUGAACAGCAGUACGCCUGUAGAGAUCCUGAAGGGAGAGAGGCUGGUCUUGAACUGCACCGCCACCGCCGAGUUGAACACCAGAGUCAACUUCACCUGGGACUACCCUGGAAAGAGCAACAGCGCCGGCUCCACGUCCAAACGGCUCGUGAAGCACCACAUGUACAUGCUGUUCUACAGCAUUCUGACCAUCCCCAAGCUCCAGCGCUCAGACCGGGGCCUCUACACUUGCCGCGUCACCAGCGGAGCUCAUAGCAAACAGCAGAGGGUCAAUGUCAUCGUCUACGACCGUCCAUUCAUCCGCCUGAAGCCCAGAAAUGGGUCCGUCAUGGUGGUACAAGCGGGACAGAAAUCAUACCGGAUCACUCCCAAACUACGAGCGUUCCCCGUCCCCGAAGUCAUCUGGUUGAAGGACGGCGCGGUGGCGGCAGAGCAGUGCUCCAGAUACCACAUGAACGGGAGCUCCCUGGUCAUCCGGGACGUCGCGGAGGAGGACGCCGGGAAGUACACCGUCCUGGUGCGAAUCCAGGAGCACGGCCUCUACCAGAACCUCACGCUCAACCUCAGGGUCAACGUGAGUCCUCAGAUAGGGGAGAAAGCGGUGUCGUCGCAGGACCCGGGUUCUGUGGCGCGGGGGAGUCGAAAAGCCCUGCCCUGCACGUCCCACGGGGUCCCUCCUCCACACAUCCAGUGGCUCUGGCAUCCCUGCUCGCCCAAAGGCCUGUGUGUGUGUCCGACGUCCUCUUCACUAUGGAGCCCCGUGACGGACGGUCUCCCCGCCACGUCAACGUCCAACCACAUCCUGAGUGUUACUCACAGACAGGAAGUGCUUCAGGGGAGGAAAAAGACGGUGGGAGUCCUGACGGUAGCUGAGGCCUUUGUGUCUGGAGUGUACCGCUGCAUCGCCUCCAACGCCGCUGGCUCCGACCAGCUAGACGUCCACUUCUACGUCACAGACGUCCCAGGAGGCUUCGGUGUGCGCCAGCAGGAGGAGGCCAGAGAGGGCGGGGACCUCCACCUCACCUGCUUGGCCAAUAAGUACCUGUACACGGCGCUGUCAUGGCAACGAGCGAGCGGCGCGGAGGAUGCUCGACCUCGCGGCUCCGCCCUGAAUGUUCAGCAGCUCGCGUCGGGGGCGUUCUCCAACUCUCUGGUCCUGUUGCUAAGGAACCUCACAGCCAGAGACUCCGGGGCCUACAGAUGCUCCGUCCGCCACCUCGUCACCGGGCAGGAAACGCACCUGGACGCGCAGGUGGAGGUCACGAUUCUGGAGCCACCGAUGCUGCUGAGUAAUUUGACCGACUGCACCGUGAACGUGAGCAGCUCGGUGACCCUCGCCUGCCCGUCUCAAGGCGUCCCACCCCCAACCAUCACAUGGUACAAAGACGAACAUGCUUUGUUGCAGGGAUCAGGUAUUGUCAUAUCAGCUGUAGAUGGAUCCCUCCACAUCGACCGGAUCACGCCGGAGGAUCAGGGCCUGUAUACGUGCCAGGCCACCAAUGAGAGGGGCUCUGCCGAGAGUUCAGCCUAUAUAUGGGUCAACAGUGCCUCAGAAGCCUCAUUUCUGGAAAUCCCCACUCUCACCUGUACCUGUGUGGUGGCCACUCUCUUCUGGCUUCUGCUCACGCUCUUCAUACGGAAACUCAAGCAGCCACACAGCUCGAGCACCAAACCGGAGUACUUAUCCAUCAUACUGGACACAGGAGAGGGGCCAAUAGAGGAGCAGUGUGAGAGGCUACAGUACGACCCCAACCAGUGGGAGUUUCCUCGAGAGCGCCUUCAGUUAGGGAAGCCUCUGGGCCGCGGAGCCUUCGGUAAAGUGAUGCAGGCGUCUGCGUUUGGCAUAGACGCCUCCACCAGCUGCAGGACUGUGGCUGUCAAGAUGCUCAAAGAGGGAGCUACAGCCAGCGAACACAAGGCCCUGAUGACUGAGCUGAAGAUCCUCAACCACAUUGGAAACCACCUGAAUGUUGUCAACCUCCUGGGAGCAUGCACCAAAUCCGGAGGGCCUCUGAUGGUCAUUGUCGAAUACUGUCGUUUUGGAAACCUCUCUACCUUCCUAAAGAACAAGAGGGAGGUGUUUGUGCACAACCGGCAGCUACUUGAUUUCUCCCCCAUUCAGUCGGCCGGAGGAAAAGAUGGAGGGUCAGAUUGUGUCAUGUCUGACAGCCAGAGCAGCGUUAGAGCAGAUGAUGAGGGAGACAAGAAAGGCGGUAGCCUCGAUGCCAAAUCUGCCUCGAACUCCCCUCUAUUCCUGGAGGAUCUCAUAUCGUUCAGCUUUCAGGUGGCACGAGGGAUGGAGUUUCUGGCCUCCCGCAAGUGUAUUCACAGAGACCUGGCAGCGAGGAACAUUCUGCUGUCCGACAAUAAAGUGGUGAAGAUCUGUGACUUCGGCCUGGCCAGAGACAUCUACAAAGACCCCGACUACGUCCGCAAGGGAGACGCUCGCCUCCCUCUGAAGUGGAUGUCUCCCGAGUCCAUCUUUGACAAGGUGUUCACCACCCAGAGUGACGUGUGGUCCUACGGCAUACUGCUGUGGGAGAUCUUCUCCUUGGGAGCCUCCCCGUACCCCGGCCUUCACAUAGACGAGGAGUUCUGCCACAGGCUGAAGGGAGGGACGAGGAUGCGGGCGCCAGAGUACAGCACACCUGAGAUUUACAGCACGAUGCUAGCAUGCUGGGAAGCCAGUCCCUCAGAUCGACCCACCUUCACAAACUUGGUGGAGACCCUGGGAGACCUGCUACAAGCAAGAGUGCAGCAGGAUGGGAAGGAUUAUAUUCCUCUGGGAUCCUUCAUGAAUGGAGACACUGGUCGGUGUGAGGCCUUCAAAGAAAACCCGCUCGCAGUCACAAACCUGAGUUACAUGAGGGGCAUGGCCACACUUCAGACGUUUGAGGAAAUAACCUGCGAGGACCCAGACGGCCCUGAUGAUGAGCAGAGCGACAGCGGCAUGGUCCUACCGUCGGAGGAGCUGAAGAACAUGACGGGGAACAACAGCAGCACCAAGAACGGCAAACUGAGCAGAUUCUCCCCCUUUACUAAGUGUCGAGAUACCCAGGUGCCCACCCUGUGCAGUGACAUCUCUGGUCUCCAUGACGAUGAGCCCUCGACCCUGCCCGAGUGGGAGUCAGACGAGGGCGGCUCCCCCCCUCCAGACUACAACUCUGCCUUCCUCUACCCGUCCCUCUAGCAUCUGCUCAUCUUUUGACAGCUUCACACAGGGUUUAUAUAUUUUUUUUCCGCUUGUCAUUCGUAGUCGCUGCUUUGACACUUUGCCUCCUCUACCUCAUUAUGGAGUCUGCAGGUAUUCACCCCCCCUCCCCUCCCCUCCCCUCACCCAUCCUUUCUUAUAGGGAAGUAUAAACCUCCCAGAUAACCUUCAGCAGCCAAAUGUAGAAACUUACUUACAAAAUCCCGUGCUGUUACACAACGAAGCUUCCUCACUAUGAUCAAGUAUUAUGUAUCUCUGUGCUUUCCUUCACGUGACCCCCUUCCAAGAGCAGCUAACCCAUGCUGUAGUGAGGAACGUUUUCGCCUACCUAUGACUACUAAAGCUUUAUAGUAUUGGUACCUCAUGCUGGUGGCUGUGCGAAGAGGAGCACCGCUGUAAGAAACAUCUGCUCCUCUUGCACGGCUAAUAUAUGCUGGAAAAAUCAUCCACUGAUUGACACUGUUGUUGUUAGACUGAAUGUAUUUAUUCUAAUUCUGCAGUCACGCCACGGAUGAAUUUAUCCGUUUUGUGUCUUUCUGUUUUAUUCGGCACACGUAGACCUGUAAGAAAAAAAUCUAACUUUUAUUAGAAUAAUAUUUAAAUAGUUUAAAUUGUCCCUGUUCAGAUUCAGAAAAUAUUAUUUGUCCCACGGGGAGCAAUUUAAUUAAAUCUUCGCAAGUCACAAUAUUAGACUAGAUUUAUGUGUAUAUUCUAUAUAUUGCAAGUUCCCUUUAAUCAUUUAUAAAGAAUGCUGAAUGUGGAAAGAUGAACUUAUGGUUUCCCCUGUUUGUUCCCUUUUUCAUAAGAUUAGUCGGUCGUCAGAGACGUCCACAAUGACAUGUCAGUGAUCAUUGACUUCAUAUACACAGCUUGGUCCAUAUUUGUCUGGUCACUGUUAGUUUUUGAUAUUUAAGCAAUUUCUCAAAAUGUACUGAAGCUGCAAUUUAAAUAAUGAAUACGGGAUUAAAGUUUUAGAUGAACUAGAGAUUGUCUCUGCUGCCAACGUACCAAGCGUAUAUGGACCUAACUGUAGAUGUGCAUCUGGAUAAUUUAGUCAGAUUUUAUAUCCAGAUGCAUAUUGACAUCAAAACACUUUUUAUGAAGUCAGCUAGAUUUGCAAUGUAACUUUAUUAUUACAAAAACAGUGUCAACCCCCCCGAGCCCCCGUGUCCUCAUGUGGACGGAGUUUAUUGUGCUUCAUUUAAACCCAUUGUCCUCAUUUGUGGACGCUUUAGUCUGCCUUCUAGUGGUAGCAAAGGUUAAAACGUAUUUAUCUAGUGUUUGUAGUUUGAUAUGACGUGCAUAUUUAAUACAUUUUAUCAAUAGCAAUGAGCUGCUAAUUAGCAAGUACUCGCUUGAGGACGUCGGGACUUCAUUGUUUGCUAUUCGGUCUUUGCACAGCCAUGUUCAGGUAUUAAAAUAAACGAUUUUUAUGUUUUGUCACACGUUGCCGACUUCUUUAUCAUAUGAAUAAUGUAAUAAUCCCAGUGUCCACAUAUGAGGACAUAGUUUUUUUUUUUCCAAAAACUUCUUUAGGGCUCACUAGUCCCAAAUACUGUGGAGAAAUUAAAAAUGCAUACAUUAUAAAAGCUGUGUUCUCUUGUAUUUUCUAACUAAAGAUUGUAUUUAUCAUCCACUAAAAUCCAACCUGUUGACUGUAAAACUCAACUAAAUGUUCCAAGUUAACGAUUAAAAGCCAAGUAUCA